AUGGGGGAUAGUGACGAUGAUUUUGAUAGUCGACGAAAUCGUGAUAAAUUUCGUCGUGAACGUGAUGAUUUUAGUGGAAGUCGUGGACAUAAUAAUCGUGGUAGUGGAGAAUGGAAUGAUGGAAGAGAUCGAUCCAAUCGAUUUCGAGGACAGUAUUCCAGUGGUCCACCACAAGGACGUGAUUUUCCGCCAAGAUACAAUCGAAGUCCUGCUAGAUAUGAUAUGAGUCCACCACAGAAUAAACGUCUUCGACGCGACUGGGAUACUUCUGAUCAGUCAUCAUCAUCUCGUUUUGAUUCAAAUAUCGGUUCGCCAUAUCUUCAUAGUGGCGGAGGUUUCCCAUCGAAUACAUCAUCAAAUAUUCCUUCAAAUGCUGAGCAGUUAAAUAAAGAAUCAUCUGAUAGUGGAACACAGCCACCAUUACUCAGUUUCAAAAAUUUCUUGUUAGAUCAAGACGAUAAUAUCGAACAAGAAGAAGCUGUGAAACGUUAUAAUGUCUAUAAAACAGAUUUCAAAAAAACUCAAAUAGCCGAAUUUUUUACAGCACAUAAAAAUGAAGAAUGGUUCAAAUAUAAAUAUCAUCCUGAUGAACAUCCAAAACGACAUCAGGAACAAAAACAAAUAAUUCAAAAACGCUUGGACAUAUUUAUGGAUCUCUAUAAUAAAGGUUAUCUGAAUAAUGUUAGUGUUGAUAUUGAUAAUCAACAAGCACUUAUCAAAUUUCUUGAUACUGCUGUCAUCAAAAUGGAAGGUGGAAGUGAUCAAGAUCUUCGUCUGCUUGAUAUUGUGACAUCAUCACAUGAUGAAAAUGCAGCCAAACAAUCAUCGGAGAAAAACGAUAAUGAAAAUGAUUCGAAAAAAAGAUCUGAUAAUAAAAGAAAACGUGAAGACAGUAAGUCUGACGAUGAAACAAUAUCUAAUGCUGAAUCAAAAGAUACAAAUGAAAUUAAAUCAUCUUCACAAGAUACUAUGCAUGAAGCCGGUGAAGUACCUGACACAUCACGAUUAUUACAUCGCACAACGUCUAUAUUUUUUCGUCAUUUAACUAUGCAGACAACAAACGAUGAUCUUGAAAAUAUGUGUAAACAAUAUGCAGGUUUUCGUCGUGCGUGCAUCACUGAUCCAGCACCGGAAAGAAAAUUUUUUCGUCGUGGUUGGGCUACAUUCGAUCAUUCAGUUCAAAUUCGAAAUAUUUGUUAUGAACUUAAUCUUACUAAACUACAUGAUACUGACGUGGGUGCUAUAGUAAAUCGUGAAUUGAAAAAUCGUGUUCGUACAAUAAGUGGUAUUGCGCAUCAUAAAACUAUUGUACGUAAUGAUCUUCGACUUAUAACAAAAAUCAUUAAGCAAUUAGAUACACAAUGGAAUAUUUGGGAAUCUAAUGAAAAUGAUCAUAACGAAAAAAAGGUUACAAUAAGUGAUGAUUCAGAAAUUUCAUCUUCAACAAUGAAUACAUCAUCAAUACAAAAUAAAAAUCCUAUGGGUUUUAUUAGUUAUAAUCCAUUAUUAAAAAAUAUAACUGAAUAUCUUGUUGAAGAAGGUGAUGCAGAAGAAGAAGAAUUGCUUGGUGAUGCAUCAACAACUAUGGAAAAUAAUUCAAAUGCAUUUGAAAUUGACAAAGAAUUAACUAAAGUAUUGGAUCGUUUAAUUUUAUAUCUACGUGUUGUUCAUUCUGUCGAUUAUUACAAUUGUGCCGAAUAUACACAAGAAGAUUCAAUGCCUAAUCGUUGUGGUGUUAUACAUGUACGUGGUGGUUUAUUAUCGGCAAUAAUACAAAAAGAAUUAACAAAUUUUAUGCAACAAUUUGAAAGUCGCCUAAAAGUAUUUAUGGAUUCUCAUGAAAAAAUAGACGAUGAUGAAGCUUUAAAAUUAGGUGCAAAAAAUGAAGAAAAUGAAAUAGAAAAAUUUAUGGAUGCAAAUUGCCAGGAAGUUAGUAAAGAUAAAUGGUCAUGUCCACUAAGUGGAAAGAAAUUCAAAGGUCCAGAAUUCGUGCGUAAACACAUCUUAAAUAAACAUCAUGAUAAAAUUGACGAAGUUAAAAAAGAAAUGAUCUAUUUUAAUAAUUACUUAUAUGAUCCGAAACGACCACAAUUACCUGAACAUUCAUCAAAUCGACCUGGAGCAACAGCAGCUGCACCACAUCCAUCUGGUUUACCAUUACCAACACCAAUGACAGUUCAACCAUUACUUGCACGUGCACCUCUAUGGCCUACUAUGUCGGCACCUCCUCAUUCGGGUUCACCUGGUUAUUAUCCAAAUCAAUUUCAUCAAGCUCGCCAUCAUAGACCACCAUUCAUGUAUCAAGGUUUGGGUGGUUCGAUGCAUCGACCACCAAACAAUCGACCGUUGAGAAGUUAUGAAGAUCUUGAUGCACCAAGUGAAAUGUAA